GCAACUACAGUACUGAGCAACGCGGCAGACAGAAGCAGCGCCACACGGCGUGUCUCAAGGGCAAAUAACGCAUUAGGAAAAAAACGGCACCACGCGUAAGGGACUAAAAGUGACAAGAUCGGAACUAAAUCAUUGGAAUUGUAUAUGGUUUCCUAUUUUGAAGGAAUGCUGUGGAUAUACAAACUCUAAAGUAUAUCUGUACUCGAAGGGAAAACAACAGUCUCUCCAUUCAUUUGUUAUUUUUCCAGUGUUUUUGUAGUGGCAACACUCUUUUUGAACUCACCCUAGUGGUGUGGCACCACUUACAGGGUGCACCAGAGGAAGGAUCUACUUUUCUCAUAUAAAGAAAGGAAACAGGGGGAUUACAAGUGUAAAGACUUUUGGGCUAAGCCCCUGGGAUGGUGGAUCACUUUGUGUGUAGCGCGGAGCACUUCCUGUCUUACGGUGGCCUCCAUUCGCCCUCGCCGGUGCCAUUUCGCCUGUCGGACAUGGUAACAGACUCCGCGAACUACCAGGUGAUGCCCUCACCCUUCUCCGAGGAUGACCUAAGCGACUCAUCCAGCCUGCGCUCCUGCUCGUCGCCGGACUCGCAGGUCCUCAGCUCCAGCUGCGGGAGCUCCUCGAGCGCCGAGAGCUCGGACAGCAUCCUGGACUUCCUGCUGUCGCAGACCUCCCUAGGCGGAGGCGGCGGAGGGGCGGUGGGCGAUGCUGCGCCCAGCGUGAUGCCCAUGUCCCUCUCCAGCCUGCUGUGGGACUCGCGGCGGGAACCGGUCAAGGAGGAGAGCUUUGACCUGCCCAUCUGGUCACCGUCGGAGUCACCAGUGGAGCCCUUCCAUCCCACGCUGGAGGAGAUCGAGGAGUUUCUGGAGGAGAACAUGGACGCGGUGAGCAUGAAGUACGAGCCCAGGGAAGGGGCCACCGCUCUGGGCCUGAGCUUCGAGCUGGAUCUGGGCUUCGGCCUCGGGGUGGAGGUGGACAGCGAUGAAGUCCUGCCCGGAUCUCUGGCGGUGGACGCUGCCAAGUCUCAGCACGACUCGGACCAAACUGUGCCCACCACCACAGACGCCAUGGUGACCAACGCUACCAGCACAGAGACCAAAAGCCCGCAGGAUGGCCAGCUUCAGUCAGCAGACGCUAGCACACCAACGCAGGACGUGGUAAAGAAGGAGGUCCAGGGCAGGCCUGUGUCGGAGACAGGAGGCAACGGCAGCAUGCCGGUCAUCCUGCAGAUCCAGCCUAUCCAGAUCAAACAGGAGAGCCAAACCGCAGCCAGCAGCCCCCGGACCACCACCACUGCCCAGGCCGCUGCUCCUUCCCCAUCCUCCGACAUCAAAAUCGCCCAGCUGCUGGUCAACAUCCAGGGCCAGACCUUCGCUCUCGUGCCUCACCUCCUGCCGUCCUCCCCCACCUCCUCCACCGCUCCUGCCACCCCCACCACCUCCGUCACCUCCAUCACCUCCAUCACCGGCCCCGCUCUCAACUCCUCCUCCAAGUUCGUCCGCAUCGCGCCCGUCCCCAUCGCCGCCAAGCCCAUGGGCAUCGGCGAGGGCGGAUCGGGCGUCGCCGGCAUCAACGGAGGGCUCCUGGUCGGAGGUGCCCAGAAGUACCAGAAGAACCCCAUGGCAGACCUCAUCAAAAUGCACAAGUGCUCUUUCCCCGGCUGCGGCAAGAUGUACACCAAGAGCAGCCACCUGAAGGCCCACCUCCGCCGACACACGGGAGAGAAGCCUUUCGCCUGCACCUGGCCCGGCUGUGGAUGGAGGUUCUCUCGUUCAGAUGAGCUCUCUCGGCACCGACGGUCACACUCGGGAGUAAAGCCGUAUCAGUGUCCUGUGUGCGAGAAGAAGUUUGCCCGCAGUGACCACCUGUCAAAGCAUAUCAAAGUGCACCGAUUUCCACGAAGUAGCCGGACAGUCCGCUCCACAAACUAACCCCUGAUACCCUCCCAAUGGACAGAGGCCAGGGAGCAGAGAGAGCACACAGUGUUUCUCCUGUGUGUGUGUGUGUGUGUGUGUGUGUGUGUGUGUGUAUAUGUGUGUGUAUGUGUGUGUGGGUGUGUGUGUGUGUGUGUGAUGAUCUUGUUCCAAGUUGAAAGGAUACUGGAAAAACAAGCAAACACACAAAUACACUUACAUACACAAGUCAUGGCGAUUAAUGUUGCUUAAUGUCCAUGUUGGUCUAAUUUUACUUUGGAAUCUCUUUCGAAUCAUACAAUCAUAGCUAGUAAAAUAAUAUUUUUACAAGAAAAUAUGGGGAAAAAGCUUUUUGUAAGAUUCAAGCUUAUAUGUACAACAGCUUUUUAAAGAAAAAAAAGUUAGAUCACUUUCUUGAAAACUGCCUUGGUAUCAUCAAACAGAGUUGCCGACAGCCUUCCCCAUUAAUUCAUUUGAAUGAAGUGAUUCAUUUGAGUUUGAGUUUUUUUAUUCAUAUUUGUCAAAUCUGGCUGAGGGCCACAGAGACUAGCUGAACACUUAUCCCACUCAGCACAAUGACUUCCGCCAUUGGAGCAGUUCAGGACCGCUAUUGUUACAUAAGCUACUGAUGAAACAUUAACACUCAAGGUGCUCUGCCGUGGAAGGUGAACGCAGACGUUUUCCAAAACACGUUCACAUGCUCCUUGGUACAUAACAUUUUACUGUAAGCAGGACUGAACAGCCAUAAUGUCAUGUUCGUUUUGACGGUGCUCCUUUUGAAGUGGUAUAUAGCACAUUGGAGGUGUUCAACGUUAUCAGGCAGUUUUUCUUCAGAUAACAGGGGGGAAGUGUUCAUAAGCUAUGGGGAGCUACGGAAGUUUCCAGUUAUCAGGCACAGCAACAAUCAGCUCAUCACAUAGGGUGGGUUAGAAACUGAUGCAGGAUGAAUAUUAGAAUUAUCAAACGCAUCAAAAGAGCUCAAUGCGCACAGAUAAGGAUUGUACCUAUUUAAAUGUGGAAACAGGCCUUUAAAUCAGUAGGCUAUUGGAUUGAUAAUAUUUCUGUUUUGUUUUGAAAGCGAUGGUGUCGUAAUGUACUUGUAAGCAUCUCCUGAAACCCAUCUACAGUGUGUGUUUUCAUGUACUCUCUGGCCUUACUGAACCAGUAUGUCCUUACUGGAGGUUGAUUCUUGGUCCUGGAGGACCAAGAUCAGGUUUUUUUUUUAUUGUUUUUCUUUUAAAACUUGGCACUAAACCAGCAGAAUUGUACUGGUCUUGUUGGGACCAUUAAGGUUUCUCACCCAAGUUUGCAGGACCACGUUCUGGUUUUUCUAACGGGUCUCAGUCUUUCAACAUGAGAUGUUUUGAGGGUAUGGACACCCAGGUCUCCAUGAAGGACCAUGGAGGAAGGAUUCAGAGAGUGUAAAACUGAAAAAAGAAUUGUAACACUGACAGAAAUGACAGCCCCCUUGAAAUGUGUAAAUUCGCUGCAUACAUGGCCAUAGACUUGAAUGUCAUAUUUUUUUGGUUGUUUUUGUUAUUUUGUCUCGAUAUUUUGUCUCGAACAAAGCUUAAAUCUGAUUCAGCCUGUUACUGGAAUGUCCACAAGCCUUUGGAGAAGGCUCACUGUGUGGACCUCGCUGCACAUCUGCGAAAGGGAAGAAAAAUCCACCUGCCUAGAUGAGCCUUAGGCAGAUUCUUGCCCUUGCCUGAUAAAAACACGCAGUCCUGUUUUGGCCUUGUCAGAUUUGGUUGGCAGCCCUAAAUGAGAGGCAUCGCUCAAGCAUAUGCAGUGUAUGUUGUGAAGAGACAUAUCAAACCAGGGGACAUACACCAGAUUUAAUGUUCAUCAGGCAUUCCUUCCAGUCAUGUAUUGAAUUUAAUAAAUGCUUGUUAGAAUACAGGUGUUUGUUUGAAAUCACAUCCUAUGAAUGUAUGUAUAUAUGUGGGGGACUGUACCUAGCUGCAGCAGUCAGAGACAGGAAAGAUCUUUCUUUGAGACUAAAUGUGCAUCUUCAGUCUGUGGUGAAGACUUGUAGUGUAUACCCCAAAUGUGUACAUAACGUAACGUUUCAGUAAUAUGAAUAUAUUAUAUAUUUUUUCUUUGUUCUACACAAAAUGCAUUUACAAAUAAAACCUUGAAAACUA